CGUACAUUCUUCGCAUCCAGAAAACAGAUUCGAGGACUUGAUGUGGAACGUGCUGUCACAUGGUUCGUAUUGUGGUGUUGAGCUUUGAGAGUGGUGGAUAAUGUGGAUCUGGGGAAGCCGGACCUCGGCAGCCACGCGACAUGACUUCACCCAUGCGUUCGAUAUCGCGCCAGCCCCCAGCGCAACCCUUCAACACCAGCUCAUGUUCUGGGACGGACUUUGUUAUUAAACCACCCACUGACGGGUGCGACCGCGAAGAUGAUUAAGGAAGCGACGCACAAUGCGACCGCGGUGCUGUCGCAGCCCACCAAGUGGCUGGGCAUGUACUCUGACUUCAUCACUAAGAACAGCAGCGCAGUGUCACAGAUUGAGUCGGCGCUGCGGUCGCUCACAUACAUAAUUCCUGGACGCUUCAGGGAAUCAGAGAUAGCAUCCGAAUCAUUACACUGUGGCGUCCAAUGCCUUUCGUUAUACCAUGACUCCCUCCUCGCGAAAGCAAUGGCGCAAAUGCCUGGGACGCGCCGACAGCCACUCACCCCGCACCACCGCUACACCAAGUUUUGGACAGAGAAGUCGCCUACAUAUAAGCGCAUCGCGACCGUCCUACAGUUGAUCCAAUACACCGAACUGUUAUGGGAAAUGGCAGCAAAGAGGAAGGGCGAGAAGAUGCGUUGGCGCGUGGUCGUGCUCCUAGAGGUUAUCAAGGCAGUCUGUCGAUUGCUUCUGUUACGAUUGACGAACUCGAGACCUUUACUAUCGCCGCCUCUGCCGCAAAGAGAGAUCGAUCCAAGCUCCCUCGAAGAUUCAUCAGCGUCUGCUGAUGGCAUGGAUACCCCACCGAGUGAGCGCUCAGUGGAAGCAGAAAACUGGACUAUGCCCAGGACAGGGCUGUCCAUGCCGAGCUUACCGGACUCUUCAGAUAUAUCGAGCUACCUCUUAUCUAAGGUUCUCACAGCAGACGACAUCAAGCCCCCGAAGGCUCUACUUCACCGCGUCAGUGGCAAGGGCGAGCUUGCGGAAGCGCUGUACAUCCUGCGGCCAGUCGCGUAUGCUUUGGCUAUGCAGCACUUCCGUGGCGACAGGAAGAGUUGGCGGCCAUGGCUCAUCGGAGUAAGCAUUGAGUACGGCGCUAGGCAGCUCGCAAAGAAAGACUUCCAGGAACGUCUGGCCGGUGGUCUGCGGGGUCUGACUGGCCUCGAAAGGGAGGAGUUGAAGAAGCGUGCUUGGGCACUCGGCUGGUGGACGAUGCGCAGCGCUUUCUAUGAGAACAUCACAAAAUCCUGGAUACAUGCCAUUACACGAAAGCUGAUGAGCAAGCCCCUCCUCGACAUCGCUGGCGGUGUCAUUGAAGAUUACGAGUUCUUGUGGGACCAGUACUACUUCUCGACGACCACUUUGUAACAACAUCGCAUUUACCCUCUCUCAUGUUGCGGGAAAGGUCGGACGCAGCAGCUGCCAAUCUCACGUCUAAACAGCCAAGCCUGGAGGCAUUCAGCAUAAUUCUGGCUGUGUUAUAGAUUGCACAAAACUACUUGUAGUCUUUAGGCUACUUGUAAGUUAACAAAAAGACUGCAGGGAUGGUUUGACUGCGUCCCACCAUUUGGGGAUUUGCCUGCUUACAACCCGCUUCUUCGGUAACAUGAGAGACCCUUUGCCUUUCUGCAGCAUGCACAGCUUCUUAGAUACCAGAUACUUUGUAUGCUUUAUCACUCCAAUGACACGAACCCUUU